AUGCUACUCUAUUGCUUUAUAUCUGCGCGGACGGGGGAAGUUCAUAAGUCUAUAGCUCGGAGAGGCUCGGCAAGAUUGCCUAGCGGAGAUGAAAAGGAUAUAGGGCUAGAAGCCUAUAUAAUGGCGCAUUUUGAACUAACUAUUAAGAUUGUGGAUAAGGAGCCGAUGCUAGUUCUUACCUACGAUCGAAGAUUUAUAAAAGGGUAUUAG